AUGAAGAGUGUCAGUGAGCUGUGGGACGACUUCAAGUGGCGGAACAUACAGGACCAGAGCCCACAGCCCAGCUCCUCAGGGUACCCCCUGCAGGCAGUAAUGGGUGAAGAAAGCCCAGGACCAUCAGCCCCCCGGGUAGACCCCCACCCCCCGCCUCCCUCCUGUGGCUGGAAGAGGAGAAGGGAGGAGUCAGAGGAGGAGACAGCCCCAGGGGCUGAGGACGUCUGGGUCGUGGAGACGCUGUGUGGACUCAAGAUGAAGUUGAAGAGACAGCGGUUGUCUUCAGUGCUGCCUGAGCACCAUGAGGUUUUCAACAGGCUGCUGGAAGAUCCUGUCGUUAAAAGAUUCCUGGCCUGGGACAAAAACCUGAGGGUAUCUGACAAGUAUCUCCUGUCUAUGGUCGUAGCUUACUUUAGCCGUGCUGGCCUCUUCUCCUGGCAAUUCCAACGAAUCCACUUCUUCCUAGCACUGCGCACCGCCGGCGUCGUCCUGCGCAUGUGCAGCUCGUCCAGUGUGCGUGUUCGCGCACGCGCAGUGCCGCCGCGCCGCUCUCGCUUCCUGUCCGUGCCCAGGUCACCGCUGGCCGUGCUUCCCAGGCUUCGGCCUCAGGCGGGCAAGGACCCCAGGGCCUGCGGGGCUGAGCGCCGUCCGUCCGGGCCGGCACCCAGCGGGCGCAGAGCUGUGCGGGCCGGGCGGAGUCUCGAGCGGAGACCCCCAAGCGCGAGCCCCGGAGCCCGCGGGCUGGGCCGGAGGGGCCGGGCGGCGGCGGCGCAGAGCGUUGGGAUCGGGCCCGGCCCGUUUGCACCCGCGGCGGCCCGGCCGAGGUUCGCGGGACGGUGA